AUGGAGAAGACGAAUCUGAGCCCUCAAGCACCGGUCUGGAGCUACCCAAUGGAGUCCAUUGGACCAAUAACAUGCACAAAGGAUGGCACAUAUAUUGUUGGUGGAGCCCUUUCUGGAAAUGCUUAUGUUUGGGAGAUUACAAAUGGAAGAUUGGUCCGGACUUGGUGCGCACAUCAUAAAUCAGUGACUUGCUUGACAUUUUCCAACGAUGAUUCAUUUCUUAUUUCUGGUUCAGAAGAUGGCAUGAUCAUUAUUUGGCCUAUGAUCGGUUUGGUAGACGAGACAGAUUGUUGGACUGUGCCUUUAAUACUAAAUUUUUCAUUAGAGCAUUCAUCCUCUAUAACGGGCCUAUUAACUGCAUCAAAUAGCUCAAGUUCAAUUUUUUUAUCAAGCUCUCUCGAUGGCACAUGCAAGGUAUGGGACCUGGUUACUGGAAGACUUUUACAAACUCGAGCUUUUCCGCUACUAAUUACUGCAAUAGUUGUUGAUCCAACAGACAAGAAGUUAUUUUCUGGUAGUGCAGAUGGAACAAUUUUCUUGAAUACACUUGAUUUUGGAGUGGUGGAAGAUACUUCAAUUGUUUUAGAGGAUGAGCCAACCUUGCUAAUGGGACACAAUGGAUCUGUAACUACUUUGACAUGUUGCGGAUUGGGCUUGGUCUCUGCAUCUGAAGAUUGCACUGCCUGCCUUUGGGAUGUUGUCAAUUGUGUAAUCAUUCGAAGAUUCAACCACCUAAAAGGUUUCAUAACUAAUUUGGUUGUGAUCCCACAAUUGUCACUGUUUCCUAGGAUGAACCAUAAUUAUAAAACCUUUAACCAGUUCAGAGUUUCUGUGCUUCAUAAGUAUCCUAAGCCAGCCAACUCAUCUGAAGGAGUACUUACUUACCUACCUUCAAGUUCUUCUAGGGAUAAAGGUCAUUGUAUUGCCUCUGAAUUUCGGACCACCGAUUUAUUGAAACAACAGAUCCUUGAGUUGGAGCAACCUUCCAAUGUUAGCUUAACCAUAGUUCAGAGGAAGAGAAAGAUUGCCAAUGUUGUUGAACAAGGGAAGGAGCACCAACACCAUCCAGAGCCACAAGGUUCUUAA